CGGGACCGAAGUAGCCAACUGCAAGCUCAGUUGCCUGUGGCAACUGACAGACAUGGCCCGGCAAUGUGCCCUGCAUUCAUCAACAUCACACAGAGCAAAUUCCUUGGACUCGGCCACUUCCGUACACGCUGCGAGUGCGACACGUGAUCCACACAACAAUCCAGCCCAUCAUUAUUAUCACGCCCCUUCAGCUAUCAGCCCCGCCCCGAAACUUCGAGUCUUGUCAAAGUAAACCUGACGUCAGCCGCUAACAGGAAGUAGAGUGCACCAAGAAACCGGAAGAGUUUAAACUUGUCCUGAGAACAAGAAAUAGAAGUGGAGUGAGACAAGACACCGGUCGAGAAAGAUAUUGGGACAAUGUCUAACAUGGAGAAGAAUCUGUUCAACUUGAAAUUUGCUGCUAAAGAAUUGCAUCGAAAUGCCAAAAAAUGUGAAAAAGAAGAAAAAACAGAGAAAUCUAAAAUUAAAAAGGCUAUUCAGAAGGGCAAUACAGAGAUAGCAAGGAUACAUGCAGAGAAUGCAAUACGACAGAAAAAUCAAGGUAUUAAUUUCUUAAGGAUGAGCGCCAGGGUGGAUGCUGUGGCCGCAAGAGUUCAGACGGCUGUGACAAUGGGCAAGGUGACAAAGUCUAUGGCAGGAGUCGUGAAAUCUAUGGAUGCUACUCUGAAGAGUAUGAACCUGGAAAAGAUCUCCGCUUUAAUGGACAAAUUUGAACACCAAUUUGAGACCCUAGAUGUGCAGACACAGCAAAUGGAAGAUUCAAUGAGUAACACUACCACAUUAACCACCCCACAGAAUCAAGUGGAUAAUUUGUUACUAGAGAUGGCAGAUGAAACCGGUCUUGACUUAAACAUGGAAUUGCCUCAAGGCCAGACUGGAUCUGUUGGCACCAGUGUAGCAUCCACAGAACAGGAUGAAUUAUCGCAAAGACUGGCCCGUCUGCGUGAUCAAGUGUAGGAGAGACACCAGAGUAUCCACAAGUGCAUUUCUGCAUUUAACCUGUACAGAUGUGGUGCAUCGUUUUGGAAUCUUUCUUUUGUGUGUGUCCAGAAGCAUAAACAGUGGUCUUAUUGCAAGAUGCUUCACUGGCUAGCUUUCAACAAUUCAACCUAUAAUAUAUAAAUAUUUAUGGAAGCUCUAAUGGCAUGACAUUGAAAUGUAUAUAAUGCCAAUAUAAGAACAUUUAAGACAACAAACUACUUGACCCUGUCAGAGACGUAUGAGCAGAUGAUUUGUCUUGUAAGCAUAUUUGCGAAUGGAACUUUUUGCUGUCUUUCUGUUGAAAGUCUUUCUAGUGCGUGGCUCAAAUUAUUUUCUGGUUUAUCAUUCUCUUUAUUUUCCUUUAAGAAACCUUUAAAUAUAAUUUAUAGUAUUAUUAUUUUCUUGCCUUUAAAUUAAAUUGGUUUUAUUGCUAAA